AUGUUGAAUUACCCUCAGAUCAAAGAGCUCGCAGAAUCUGUCAAUAAAUAUGGUAUAGAUGCUAAUUUUACCAUUAUGCAGCUAGAGAGACUUGCCACCGUGGCUAUGACUCCUAAUGAUUGGGAGACCACUAUUAAAGCUGCCUUACCUAACAUGGGUCAGUAUAUGGAAUGGCAGGCACUAUGGUAUGACGCCUGUCGAGCUCAAGCUCGAACUAAUGCCUUGGAAGUGGGUCCCCAGAGAGAAUGGACCUUUGACCUCUUAACAGGACAAGGUCAAUAUGCCAACAAUCAGACCAACUAUGAAUGGGGAGCUUAUGGGCAGGUUUCAACCACUGCUAUUAGAGCUUGGAAAGCACUUUCAAAAACGGGGGAACCCACAGGUCAUUUAACAAAAAUAAUUCAAGGUCCUCAGGAGCCUUUUGCUGAUUUUGUGGCCUGAAUGACGGAAUCAGCGCCAAUGAUAAAACAAUUAAUCUAUGAAAAUGCUUCCCCCGAAUGUAAAGCAGCUAUCCUCCCAAGGAAAAAUAAGGGAUUAACAGACUGGAUAAAAAUCUGCCGAGGACUGGGAGGACCUCUUACAAAUGCUGGUUUAGCGGCAGCUAUUUUACAAAGCAGAAGCCAAGGUCAAUCAAAGAAUUCUAGGGUUUGUUUCAACUGUGGAAAGCCUGGACAUCUCAAACGAGAAUGUCAGACUAAACAGCAGAAAAAGAUCCCUGGUCUCUGUCCAAAGUGUAAAAAAGGACGCCAUUGGUCCAAUGAGUGUAGGUCAGUUAAGGAUAUUCAAGGAAAAAUUAUUUACCAUGAUGCCCCAGCUGAGGAGAAAAAUGAAACUAUUCCAAAAAAUGGGCCUCUGGGCCCCAGGUCUCAGGGCCCAAAAAGAUAUGGGACACAGAUCAACCCCAGGGGGACUUAUGCGGCAGCCGAGUCACAAGAGGCUCAGCAGGAGUGGCCCUCCGUGCCACCUCCCAAUUCUUAUUAG